AUGGUUCAAUUUGUCGCCUUUGGAAUGCUAAGUAGAAUACUGCAAUCUUUUACCGUUAAGCCGGUAAAUGGUACCUGCUACAAAGUACCAGUUGGAACUUUGGCUUUUUGUAAUUGGUCCAAAAUGCAACGAACUAGAAGGGAGAUGCUAAGGGCACACACAUUUCCCAGGGCAUUCACCAAUAAGUUCGUCGCUUUAGAAGAUCUAAUUUCCAGUGAAACGGAGAAAUUAUUAGUGAAACUUCCUUCGUAUGCCUUGAAUCAAAAGUCAUUGAUUCUUCAAACCUGUGCAAACAUUUUCAUUGGACACUUUUGCUCAAAGAUCUUUUCCCAUCACGAUCCCGACUUCAUUAAAAUGGUUGAAAAUUUUGAUGAAAUAUUUUACGAGGUCAAUCAAGGAUAUGCAGCCGACUUUCUUCCAUUCCUGUUACCAUUUCAUUAUAAAAACUUCACGAAAAUGAACAGUCAUGCUCACGAGAUCAGAAGUUUCAUUGAGACGCACAUUAUCCAAAAACGAUACGAUAAAUUCCAAGGUAAGGAACCUGAAGAUUUCGUCGAGUGCCUGGCAAAGCACGUUAAGGAAUGUGAAGAACCAAAGUUUGAUUGGAACACAGCUUUGUUUGCUUUAGAGGAUAUAAUAGGAGGUCAUUCUGCAGUUGGGAACUUUUUCGUGAAACUAUUAGCUUAUCUCGUAAAUGAACCUGAAGUCCAAAGGAAAAUCCAAAUGGAGAUUGACUCGGUUACAGAAGAUGGUCGUUCAUUUAGACCAGUGAAACUGAGUGAUAGAUCCAAAUGUCCAUACACAGAAGGAGCUAUUUUUGAGGCAAUUCGACUUAUAUCAUCCCCUAUUGUACCACGUGUGGCAAAUCAAGAUACAACCAUAAACGGUUUUAAAAUAAAAAAAGACAGCCUGAUUUUUUUAAAUAAUUACGACUUGAGUAUGUCUGAAGAAUUAUGGGAUAAUCCAGAUCGUUUCAAACCGGAAAGAUUCGUUGUGGACAACCAAUUUAUGAAACCUGAACAUUUUCUACCUUUUGGAGGAGGUCGGCGCAGUUGUAUGGGUUACAAAAUGGUUCAAUUUGUCGCCUUUGGAAUGCUAAGUAGAAUACUGCAAUCUUUUACCGUUAAGCCGGUAAAUGGUACCUGCUACAAAGUACCAGUUGGAAGUUUGGCAUUAUCUAAAGACACUUUCGUAUUCAAGUUUGAAAAACGGAUGUAA